AUGAACAGACCAAGCUAUACCUGCAGGCUCUCUCGGCUCGAAUGGCUCAAUACAAGAGGCUGGCAAACUUUCAAAGACUUCAUGGUUACACAUAAAUAUGAUCCAACAAGUGCGGCAGAUUACAUGAAAGCCGAAGAAGUCUUGUGCAAUUAUAGAAGCAGCGACCCGUUCGCAAAUAAGGAGCUGCAAGACUGGGGACCCGAUGAGGACGAGGAUGAGUUGGAGGAAUUGGAGGACAAAGACAUGGAUGAGAAACUGGACGCGGAAUUCGAGAAGCUUCUUUGCGAUGCGUUAGCAAGUGAGGAGUAUAUGGAUGAAGAGGAUAUGGAUGGGGGUAUGAAGGAGAAAAAUUGUGAUGAAGACGGUGUCGAAGAGAACGAACGGGAUAAUAAUCAAGAGAGAGGCGAAAUUCUCGAUCUAAUGACCGACGACAGCGACUGGGAGGACUACGAUGAAGAUGAAGACCCAGACGAAUCGAGGGAUAGCAAUCUAAAACGCUAUAUCGAAGUUCGCGAGCAAGAAAAACUCGAAAAUCUUUACAGAGUCCGGAACGAAGACGAAGGGAUCUAUGAGUGGCUCUUGAAGCGCGGAUGGUCUUGCCUUGAAGAAUAUAUGGACUACCAUACUUUGGAUUUCGCGAACGACGACGAUGUGGAAAAGGUCGGGGAUAUUAUCAAGAAGUCAAUCAGGCUUGAAGCGGAACAGAAUAGUGCUGAGGCUGAGGGGGAUUUUGAAGAGGUAGCUGCGGAAGAUGAUGCAGAAUACGAAAACGAGCAAAGAGCCACACGAGAAUCACUCAUCAGUGAAGGACUUGGAGAGGAGGCUGAAUUUCCACGAAAUACCAACUCGGCCGAGGUUGAUGAAAAACAAGCCACAGCGAACCAUUCCGUGUCGAAAAUUGCAGAUGGUAUCAGAAACAAUCGGGAAAUAGACCGCUGGUGUAUGGAGCAAGGAUUUAUAAAUCUAUUCAACUUUGUCAAUGGCCAUGGGGGAGAUUAUUAUGACGACGAGCUCGUUUCUAUGAUAGGUCACCAAUUGGAAGAGAUCAUCGAGGAGGGGAACCAGAAUGGACGGGAAGUUAUGGAGGAGAUUUUCGAGGGAUUGACGAUGUGCGAUAACCAAGAUCAAGGCCUCAAAGAAAAUUUCCAGGACUGGCCGGUGGCAGAUAACGAGGAAAUGAAUGGACCUGAUGAUGAUGAUGAGAUGACUUAUGGAUGGUUGUGA